AUGCAACAAAAUAAAUGGAGAAAAGGGCAUAAAAAGAGUUUGGGUCCUAAAUGUUCUUCCAUUAAACAAGAAUCUGUUACCGCGUUCAUCGGCAGUAACAUCGUUACAGCGCAGACCAUCUGGGAGGGCUUGUGGAUGAACUGCAUCGUCCAGAGCACCGGGCAAAUGCAAUGCAAGGUCUACGACUCCAUGCUGGCCCUGAGUCAGGAUCUGCAGGCAGCUCGGGCGCUCACGGUCAUCUCUGUCCUGGUCGCCAUCCUCGCCAUCUUCGCAGGCAUCGUGGGGGGCAAGUGCACCAACUGCGUGGAGGACGAAACCGUCAAGGCGCGCGUCAGCCUGGUGUCGGGGUUGAUCUUCAUCAUUGCUGGUAUCCUCUUCCUCAUUCCAGUCUGCUGGUCGGCCAACACCAUUAUUUGUGACUUUUACAACCCACUGGUGACUGAAGCACAGAAACGCGAGCUGGGGGCGGCACUGUACAUCGGCUGGGCAGCUGCGGCUCUACUAAUACUUGGUGGGGGUCUGCUCUGCUGUUCCUGCCCUGCCAAACGGGAGCAGUACUCCGCCCGGUACACCGCAGCAGCUUCCCAUCCCCGUUCGGAAUACCCGAACAAGAACUACGUCUGAGGUCUGAAACGUGGGACUGAGAGGCGUCGUUUUAACUGCAGGGCGCGAAGGCGCUGCUCUGCUGGACACUUUUU